GGGUGAGUGGCAAGAGGGUGGCAUAGGAGAAAUAGUAUACGCAAACAGCCCUUAGCGCCGCGUCAAAACCGACUCAAAAAACAGAACAGCUAAAGUUUGCUUUAAGACUUUGCGCUUCAUUACUGAGCUCUCGUUAGGUGAUUGUGCACCGUAACUCCCAAACAAGAGAGGGACCUGUUGACUAGGGGACCCUGUGGUGAGAGAAGAGAGGGGUCCCGGAGUAUACAGUGUAUAGUUAGCCAAAACGCAGUAGCUUCUGUGUGCACGUCCAGCGAUGGCAAACGCAGGGAUCCAGCUUUUGGGAUUUGGUCUCUCCCUGGUGGGGAUCAUUGGACUCAUCAUCGGCACCGUCCUCCCGCAGUGGAAGAUGUCGGCGUAUGUCGGAGACAGCAUCAUCACGGCGGUGGCCAUGUAUGAAGGGCUGUGGAUGUCGUGCGCUUUCCAAAGCACCGGGCAGCUUCAGUGCAAAGUCUACGACUCCAUUCUGCAGCUGGACAACGCCCUCCAGGCCACGCGGGCAUUGAUGAUUGUGGGCAUCAUCGUGUCCAUCGCAGGCCUGGGAGUGGCCAGCAUAGGCAUGAAGUGCACCACCUGUGGAGCCGACGACAGGCCACGCAAGUCCCGCAUAGCGGUCACGGGAGGCAUCAUCCUGCUCAUAGGAGCUCUCUGUGCAGUCGUGGCUUGUUCGUGGUUUGCCCACGACGUCAUCCGUGCCUUCUACAACCCCUACACGCCAGUUAACACCAAGUUCGAAUUCGGCGCCGCCAUUUUCAUCGCGUGGGGGGGCUCCUUCCUGGACGUGCUUGGGGGGGCCAUGCUGGCCGCCUCGUGCCCUGGUGGCAAACAGAUGUCCAAAUACCCGCCCAAGAAUGCAUCAAGAGCCCCCAGCAGUGCCAAGGAGUAUGUGUGAACCAGACGCCCUCUGGUGGACAGAGAGAGAAAAACAACAAGGGAUGGUGUAGCGCUCUGUGCUCACCUGCCACAAUGGACUGAGACUGUUUUGUUUUUUUUACUUUUAAAAAAAUAUUAUUCAGCUUGUUUUAUGAUAUUUGUGCACUGAUGAAAACAGGCAAGAGCAAGGGGGAGUUGUGUGUAUGGGGGGGGGGGGGGGGGUACAUUCUGCCCUCUUAUUGAAGAAUUCUCAAGGGUAUAGAGAGUUGCUAUGUUACGUCUCAUCUGAUACACUGGUCUUUCCACUGAUGUCUUUCUCAGAGUAUGACCAUGUAGAAAAAAAGAGUAUGAGGAUCAAUAUUUAGAAAGUUUUGAUAUGUAAAUUCAGCUGUCAGUGUUAUAGCUGCACACUCUCAGGUCGGCGCAACAAAGGGACUUCACUUUGGGAAAAAAAAAUCCGCAACUUUUUUUAGUGGCCUCUUAUACAAAACAUUCCUUAAAUUCCAAUUGAGUGUAACUGAUGUCAUAGCUAUGUACUUAUAGUCUGACUGAAACCGAAACGUCAGUUCACCAAUAAACCGGCCUCAUACGUGAAGUAAGCAGUGUUGCGCUGUUCAUUUUCUUUACAUUUUGAAGAUUAUUCUUGCGAAAAAGCUGCGUCUGCAGUGUAAUUUAUCAAGGUGUGCAGGCUCCCCACUACCCACUGUAUAGCUACAGUAUGUACCUCAAAACUGUGCCUCAAAGGAGGAUGUCAGUAUCCCCCUGUCAGUAUUAGUGUCUCUUGAUGUACCCAUCAAUAAGUCCCCUGUCUUCCAAGCAUCUCAUUCUCGUCUCGGUCCAUACAUAUACAACAUGCAGCCAGGUUAUUAUCCUAAAGCCCAAUUCACGACGAGAUGGAGUUGCAGCGGUGUGAAUUAGAAGUUGCACGUAGUUGCAAGCCGCCGCAAGCCGUCGCAGAGCAUUAAACAUGUUGAGUCGUAGUCACAAGGUUUUAGAACGUCUCGUCUCGUCGGGAAUCUUUGGUCUGAACCCUACUUAACAGGCUCUUUACCUUGUUAUCUUCAUCGUUUGGAACUAGAUACCCCUUCGUCUUUUCAUGCCUGUCUGCUAAACCCAGGGCCAGGAGAGAAACACCUGUUUUUCCUCGGAACAUUGUAGUCAGAUGGACGAGGAAUUUUCCCAAAACAUUCCACUUCGAGGUGAUCUGUGCGACCACAGCAGAUCCUACCCAUCCUCUGACAUCUUAACAGACUUCAUUGUAUUAACCUGUCUCUCUCUCUGUUGGUUUAAAUAUUAAUUAGAUGUGUGAUUUUUUAGAUGUGUGAUCACCAUUUUCAAACCGUAUGACACAUAUUGUUAUGUCACAUGCAUAUUUAAUUCCACUCAUCUUGAAACUACAAUAGGCUUAAUGGCUUAAUACUGAGUGUACAACGAAUUGAAAUUUGGGUGAUGCUCUAUGCAUAUAGUAGGUUUAUCAACUACAUCUCCAUUAUUACAGGGUGCUAGCCCUUUUCCCAAAUAAAAAAAAAUCU